ACAUGGUCUCACACCUCUUACUCACAACUCAAACCGAAGCACCUUCACGGAACAUGCUUAGGAAACUGCCAAUUCUUCCUUCAUAUUCUCUCUUCUCACCCUCUCAAAAACUUCCUCCAUUGAACUGAACACCCUCCUCAUCAAACAGAUUUUUCUUUUGUAAACAAUUUUCUCAGUUCAAUACUUUUCUUCUGUGAAAAAUUCUGGUGGGAAUUCGGUUAAGAAUGGCAACUUUCCCAAACACGGUGGCGGAUGGCCGGAGCUCCGGCAAGGCACUGGAGAAAUCCAACUUCUCACAGACUUGCAGCCUCCUGAGCAAGUUCUUGAAGGAGAAACGUGGUUCUGGAGAUUCUGUCUCUGGAAUGGGUGGGAAAAUGGAUCCUAAAGCUUGUACGAAAGAUUUGUUAGCAAACUUGCAAAAAUCAGAUGGGACUUUGAGACCAAAUGCUUCUUCUGCUAUGGAUAUUCUUCCCCAGCUUGUGGAAAACCCCUGCAUUAAGAAGUCUAAUGUUAGGUCAGCAGGGCCUAAAACACCCCAAUUGACAAUAUUCUAUGCUGGAAAACUGUUGGUAUUUGAUGGUUUUGUGCCUGAGAAGGCAACAGAGGUUAUGGAGUUGGCGACCAAGUUAGCAUCUGAUAGUUCCAGUUCUGAAGAAAAUUCCCCCAAGGCUCCGGUUGUCGCUGAAAAAUUGAAGGAAUCAAAAGCUCCUCAGACAAACCUGGCCUCAGAAACCUCUCGACCAGGAAACCAAGCUGUUCGUUCAGAUAUGAGGUAUCCAAGGAGAGCUUCACUUCUUAAAUUUCUUGAGAAGAGAAAAGAAAGGGUAAUUGCUAAAGGACCUUACCAAGUUAACAACCCCAAGCAUGAGGGUAGCAGUUCAGGAGGUGAACCUGAAGAUCAGAGUUCCAAACACUUGGACCUUAACCUCUAGCAUGUUUGAAUUUAUCUUCAGAUCUUCCCAAGUCAGCUCUCCUUCCAACGUGAAAAUUUACCAUGUAUCGGAACAACAACAACACGGACAUGUAGUGGUUUAGCCCAUCUUGAAUUUAGGAUAUACAGGCUCUGUGCCCACUCAAAAUACCCUCCUAACUUCUGUGAUUGCAGGCCUUUUGCAGAGAUUGUUGUGGCCUUCAUACAUAUAUGAUAUCUAUAGUAUAUAUUUGUUUUUAUAAUGUAUCAAUGAGGUCCAACGCUUUGGACCAAACCAGAGUUAGUAUAGUUUUGUUGUUGAGAUUGAUUAGUUUCAGAAAAUUCCCAAGUAUUUGUGCAUUA